AUGAACCUCGAGCUGCUAGACCCGUUCGCCAAAACCGUCCCGGACCAUGUGGAUUCCGUCCUGAGCUACGGCGUGGAGGACGCCACGGUAUGCUGCUUCGGCAAGAGGGGGGCCUACCUGGCGGUGGGAUACGCGACGGGGAUCGUAGUCAUCUGGGACUUUGUUACCAGAGGCAUCGGCCGCGUGGUAGAGGCGCACGCCAGAGCCAUCACGGCUCUCAGUUGGGCAAGGGGCGGUCGUCGUCUGCUGUCGGCCUCUCACGACCAGCGGCUGCACUACUGGGCGCUGGAGCCGCCCAGGCCGGAGCUUAUCCGGGUCAUCUGCCUGGACUCGCCCAUCAUGUCGGCUCUGAUGUUACCCGGAAAGUACCCGCGUGCGAUGGCGCUUACGGCCGACGGGGUCGCUCACGUGGUGGACAUCAAGGAGAACACGGCUGACGCCGUCAGUCCAGCCGCAGCGACGAUUAUCUCGCCGCCCUCUGCCGCCUCUUCCGCUGGAAACCCCAGCCCGGCCAAGAAACCCAGACCCGCCGGCCAGGCUGCUGCUGCCGCCACCGCCAACCGUGGGCCGGCUCUGCCGGCGGUGCUGUGCCUCGCCCUCGACCGGAGAGCAUCGCGGGUGUGCCUGGGCACGUGCCAGGGUCAGGUUCUCUCGGUUGGCACCAAGGACGGGGAUGUUUCUGCCUCCAUGACAGUUGCGGGCUGUGCGAAGGUGAAGCAGAUGGACUUGAGCCGGGACGGUAAGUGGAUGCUGGUCAACGGCGGCGAGAGGGUGAUACGGAUGCUGGAGCGGGAGAGCACCACUGGGAGGUCUGUGAGGGAUUUUCAAGACGUGGUGAACAGAACAAGGUGGCAGUGCUGCCGUUUCACGGGGGAUUCGGAGUACAUCGCGGGAGGGAGUCGGGCGGAGGGUACGUGCAGCAUCUACCUCUGGACCAUCGAGGGGCACCUGGUGACACGGUUGGAGGGACCCAACCUGGGGUUGCUAAGCCUGACGCGGCACCCGGUGCGGCCGUUCUUGGCUGCCGCCCUGACGAACGGAAAGGUCCAACUGUGGGGAACCACUCCCAUCGCCAACUGGACUGCGUUUGCGGCAGAUUUCGAGGAGCUGGAAGAGAACGUGGAGUACGUGGAGAAGGAGGACGAGUUUGACGUGGUCGUGGAGGAGGGUGACCCAGAGGGCACCAAGCGCAAGGCGGAGAAGGAGAAGCAGCAGGAGGAGGAGGCUGUCGUGUCCAUCGAUGCGAUCGAUACGGUGGACGCCUGGAGCACGGACUCGGAGGGGGAGGACCGCCUGCAGCCCUUCUACCUCUCCACCGAGCCUGGCGCGGCCGCCAGGGAGGGUUGGUACGACCUAGACGUGCAGACCUCCAAGAGGGGGAUCUCUUCCAAGCCGGGGGGAGGGCGCUGGGAAGAUAAGGAGGAAUGGACGAGCGUGCGGACGGGGGACGGCGGAGGCGUGAAGAAAGGGGGCGGCGGCGCGAAGAAAAAGAAGCCGUCGAACCGGGAGUUCGGCAAGAGGGGCAAGAGCCAUGCCGGAACCGCCAAUGCGGACGCCAACGGCAGCGCCAGAGGUCCGGUUCCGCCCGGGCGUAGCGCGGGCGGAAGCGGUAGGGCCGGGGUGGAGGAGGACGGCAGCCGAAGCAGCGGCGAGCGUCACAACUCGACUCCCGCAGCCAGCGACAGAAAACUGACGACCGUUUCCGCGGCGGCAGACGAGGGGGGUCCUUCGUCAGCGGGGGCCCCGCAGACGGGGCCGGUGAAGAGGCCAAGGGAAGAGGAGGAAGAGCACUAG